AUUAAUAUAAAUAAGACAAGAAAAGUAAUAUAAACAAGACAACUUGACUACAGCAGAGAAAAACCUCUGAUUAUACAAAAACUUGAAAGAAGGUGAAGUAUGAAAAGAAAACACAAGUGGGUAGGUGGGAUGUCCACAACACCCGCAGCAUGUUUGACGCUCUAUUAUUGUUUACUGCUUCAAUUGAUGAGCCACUACCACUUUAAUCUGUCAAGUAAACAUUAAUAGGAAAAUAUUAAAUCGAUGAGCUCUGUUGUCAAUCUAAAAGUAUGAAAUAUUUAAGAAAAACUAUGCCUAGGGUGCUUAAAUACCCCACAUAUUUACUGAAAGAUUAAUUAUUAUAGAUACUUUAUAUACAAAUUACAGAUAUAGAUUGAAGUUAAUGAUGAAGAAAAUAAGCGAGCAGGUAGACUCAUCAAGUUCAGAAGAUGAAAAAUUUGCAAACAUUUUGAAGGAAGCAAUUGAUCAACAAUUUUUAAACAAUAAUCUGUAUAGCCUAGAAAAAACCAAAGCUAUUCCUGAGUCUGAAGCAAAGACUAACAAAUUGGAUAAAAAUUAUUCCUUAAAAAUAAGCUCAAAACAAGGAGAUGAAUUUACAAAUUUUGGUGUUACCGCCACAUUUCAAAGUUUUAUCGCCAAAAAACUAGAUGAAAUUUUGGAGCGAACUAUAGAGAUGGAAAGUAGUGAAAUUCCUAAUUAUUGUGAUGAACAGAAACGGAGGAAGGACAAGAGCUCUGGAAUAAAACUUCUAAGUACAUCGAAAAAAUUGUUAACUAUUGCAAAAAUCGAAGAGGAAUGUACGGAGCAUAAGAAAAAAUCCAAAAGAAAUAAACAGAUUGGAGAGGAUGACGAGACGUCAAAAUGUCAAGAAGCUGUCAUUGACCCAGAAUAUAUAUUAAACAAAUUAGAUUUGAAAGCUUGGGUUAAUAAACGCCCAGAAUCGGAAUUUAAGUAUAAAAGAUUAAAAAAUGGUACUUUAAUUGAGAUGUAG